GUGGGCGCCUCCAAUCCUUCCACCUCCAGUGGCGGCCGUGAAUGGUUUUGCCCGCCACUGCGACACCCCGGCGGGCAAAACCAUUCAUGCAACGUUGGGGGCUGUGUUAGCGCCUGCGGCUCUAUAACCCUGCCUUCCGCGAGAGGGCUUCCGUCGCCCCUGAGAGUUUUUGACUCUGCGGUAGAAGGCUCAUUUACUGCCAUUAUGUCGGUUUGGAGUUGUCUAUCCGCCUCCCCCACCCCAUCCCUCGCCAAUGGACAGUAGCUGGUUUAUCCCAAGAUGGCGGCGGUUCCGGAGCUGCCGUAAAGCACAGUUCCGGGCUAAGCCGGCCCACGUGGGAGUGAGCCGGACUCGGGGUCUCCUGUAGCGUGGCCCCCCAGCACCCGCUUCCGAGCCAUGCCUCACAGAAGGAAGAAACCCUUUAUAGAGAAAAAGAAAGCUGUAACAUUUCACCUGGUACACAGAAGUCAGAGGGACCCUUUGGCAGCUGAUGAUACUGCACCUCAGAGAGUUCUGUUGCCUUCGCAGAAGGGAGAUGAGGAACAGAAGAGAGAAGAGCAGAGGAAAUAUGGGGUGUUUUUUGAUGAUGACUAUGACUACUUGCAGCAUCUAAAAGAAGCCUCUGGUCCCUCAGAGCUAGUCCUGUCUGAUGUGUCUGGUCAACAGAACAGGAUUAUAGUGAGAGGGGAAGGAGAGAGAGAGGAAGAAAAUCAACAAAUUCCAGCUCCCGCUAUUAAGUUGCCUUCCUCAGUGUUUGCCUCAGAGUUUGAAGAGGAUGUGGGACUGUUAAAUAAAGCCGCUCCUGUUUCAGGACCCCGUUUGGAUUUUGACCCUGAUAUUGUUGCAGCUCUUGAUGACGACUUUGACUUCAAUAAUCCAGAUAAUCUUCUCGAAGAUGACUUUGUCCUAAAGGCCAAUGAGCUAGGGAAAGAGGACUGGAAAGGAGAGGAUAAUCGGGGCUCUGAUACUGAGGAUGAAGAUGAGUGGGAGGAUAUGGAUGAUGAAGGAAAGGACAACAAUGGUAGUGAUGAAGAUUAUGAUUCAGAGGGUCCUUUGUCAGAUGAUGAGGGAGUUAGUGGAAAGAUGAAAGAGUUUCUUUUCAUGAAAGAGGAGACCAAGAGCCGUUUCACAGAAUACUCCAUGACUUCAUCCGUAAUGAGAAGGAAUGAACAGUUGACCCUGCUAGAUGAGAGAUUUGAGAAGUUCUUUGAACAGUUUGAUGACGAUGAGAUCGGAGCAUUGGAUAAUGUGGAAUUAGAAGGCUUUAUUCACACCGACAGCACUCGGUUGCAAGAAGUCCUGAAUGACUACUACAAAGAGAAAGCUAAGGACUGUGUGAAACCCGAUGCUCUUGAACCAAGAAAGGAUUUAAAUUCUCCCCUUAAUGAGAAGGGUGAGGAAGAAGAAGAAAUCAUAACUUUAGUUAUUGAGGAACCCAAAGAGAAGUGGGAUUGUGAAUCCAUUUUGAGUACAUACUCAAACUUGUAUAAUCAUCCAAAACUUAUUGAGGAGCCAGCAAAGUCCAAACCAAUCAAAAUUUCUCAGAAGAGUGGAAUCCCACUGGAUAUCUUGCCUCAGAGAGGUCUUACGGCUAAGCAGACUGAACGCAUGCAAAUGAUUGAUCAAAGUGAUCUGCCAAGAGUAUCCACACAACCACGUUCCAAAAAUGAGAGCAGAGAGGAUCGAAAAGCUAGAAAACAAGCUAUAAAGGAAGAACGAAAGGAACGCAGAAUGGAGAAGAAAGCCAACAAAUUAGCCUUCAAGUUGGAAAAAACAAGGCAAGAAAAAGAACUGCUGAAUCUGAGACAGAAUGUUCAAGGGCUCAAGCUGUCAUAGUGGAACUGAUGACUUUCAUAUUGUGGGAAGUUCUUUGCGUUGUUCUUUGUGCUAGGAUCUUGGGAAGAUGCUGACUCUUUUAACCUUGUCCCAUCAUGGAUAGAAGUUCAUAACAUGGUAUUUGAAUUUUUCUAUAACCAGAUCAAGUAGUUUACCAUCUCUUUUUAAAUGUAAACAGCUGAAACAAUUUUUCGUUACAAAUUAAAAUGUACAGUAGUAUUACUGUAUUUUUCUGUCAUGGACAUAACAUGGCAGCUAUUUAUAAACAGAGUUGCACUGGGAGUGUUUUAUGGUACUUAAGUUACAGAAAAAUACAUAUUUUCUAUGCAGCCGGUUUUGUACAUAUUGAGAAUUUUACUAUUGUGAUUCAAGAGAUCUCAGUGCUGUUUCUGAAUUAGAUUUACCUAUCUGAAUGUGCAUAAAAUAAUUCUUUCCCUCCCUUUACAAUGGUAUUUACAUGCAGGCUCAGUUGGAAACCACGCUUUGGCAUUAGUACGGUUCUGUAUAUCAAGAAUAUGCAGUAUUUUCUCCCAAGCCCUGUCUGAAGUAUCUGUUGCUGUUUGAAUACUACUGUGAAGCGUAUUGGAAAAUCGUAUUUUAAGAGAGAUGUUUAGAAAACAGUUGUGAAUUUAGACAACCCUUAAAUUUAAAUAAAUUUCCAUUUCAUUUGGCGGGUGAAAUAAUUAAAGAUAUUUAAUGGAAGAUUUAGGUUGUGCAUUUAAAAUCAAAGUUAGCAACAUUAACAUCAUAAUUUCCUCAUGAAAUUAACUUGGCUGUAUUGAACAGUCUCGCAUACAGUGUUUGCUAUAAAAUAUUCAAA